CAAACCUUCCCAACUCCCAACUCCUUAGCUCGUAGACUCCAAACCCGCGAGUCUAUACUAAGAUGACCCAAGCUCUAGCACAGGUCGCAUUCCAAGGCAGCAAACGUAGUCGUGAGGACGAUAGGCAGAAACAUGUAAACCCAGAGAAGCGCCAGAGGCUCCAAGAGACGGAACAAUGGUUCCGAUUCCUCGAUCUGCCCGGAGGUUUGUUCUAUACACCCUUCAGCUUGGCUCGUAUUACAUCCAUGGCGUAUUUAAGGAUGCUAAUCCCAUCCUCAGAGCUCAGAAAUCGUGUCUAUGAGGCUGCGAUUGCAAUAACAGCGCAGAAGCUGCCACCUACAGUCACAGAUCGUACGAGAAUCGUUAAACCCCGGUUCUUUUUUCCAUUUCUUGGCCUUACUCAAACAUGCUCCAAGAUCCGCACUGAAUUCCAAGGGUGGUGGAUGGAAGCACAUACCGUCAAUCUUGGCGAUGUAAACCUAUACCUAGCUACCUUUCUCCCAAAUCCAUCCAAAUACGUUAAGGACAAGAAGCGGCUAGGUUCAUUUUCCAACCGACCAGGGAAGAUCACUAUCAUGGUCCGUCACAACGAUCUUGACCUCUCCCUUCUUCGACUCUUAAAACUUCGAGCUAGAAUUCCAGGUUUCAAAAUUGUCAUCAAAGAGGUCUCCAACAUACCAUAUGCUCGUGGCCUAGACCAGUUAGUCAACAACAAGAACCCAGAUUGGCUCCGCAUGCUACGAUCAAGGGCGAUCACUGAAGUAAUUGGGUUGCCUCGCGUACAUAUCGUUACGAAAGAGAGACAUGCCGAAGAAUGGAUGAAGGUCGCGCUGUUCCCCAGCAACCGCAGCGAACAAAGGGAUAAGUUCAAGGCAAACCUCGGCUUAGAUAAGGUGGAGCAUUGGGAAUUCACCUUCGGUGUCAACUACUCAUAAGAUCAUAUCUAAACACUGUCAGGAAAUUUUUGUAAGUGUUGGGAAUCGGUUCAUUUUACUCUCCACCAAAGGGAAGAGUGGGAGAGGUUACGUGGUGGUUUAUACCCUACAUAACACUAUUGGUCUCUUCAUAAUGUAAGUCUCCCAGUGGAAUAUUGGAAGGUGUUUACCAAACUGGGUUAUGCACAUCAUGUCAAGAGUCUCUUAUCACAGUUCAAUCAUAC